AUGGGUUUACCAGUGGAGGGUUCGUCGAUUGGCUGGUCGCAGACAGAACAGGCUGCACCGAUUAUUCGAAAAUGGGCCACUGAACAAUUGCUUUGCAUUUGGAAUAAACAACGGGAUCGAAGCGACAGCAUCGCAUCAUGGGGCGACGAGGUUGAGUACUGCUUAGUUGAUUUAAGCCCCGAAACUAAACGGGCGACGUUGGUGCUCGACCAUGAGCGGAUCAUUCGGCAAUGGGAAAAGAACACAGCCAGCAAAAACGACUCUGUCACGCUACAAUGGGAAUGGGCCAAGUAUAUGGUUGAAGCAACCCCCGCAAAGCCAUAUACGGGGAAAAUUGAGGACCUCAUGGCAGUUGAACAAAACAUGAAGCGAAGACGUCAAGUCAUCAACAACUAUCUGUCUUCCAACCAACACACGCUUUCGUUAUCAUUCUUCCCCCGCGCAGGAGCAGAUGGUCAAUGGACGACACCAUGUGCGCAAGACAAGAAAAAUCAUUCAAUCUGCUCGCUUCCGCGGUAUCGGAUCGUUCCUGAAAAUGUUCUCUGCCGAGGUGAAGGGUGCAAGAAAACAAACCUUCCCAUUUUCCAGGAUUCCCAGACACCGAAUCCAUUCUAUGAUAUUUCGCAGUCAGGUCAGAAAGUCGAGGGACAUCUUGGUUUAGAUGAUCCAGAGAUUGGAAUUGGCUGCUGCAGUCUUCAAGUCACCCUCCAAGCAUCCGAUCAGGCCAAUGCUCGAUGGCUGCAUGAUCAACUGAUACCGCUCGCGCCCAUCAUGUUGGCCAUGACUGCCGCGGUCCCAAUCUGGAAAGGGUAUCUGGUUGACAACGACGUCAGAUGGCAGCGAUUUGGAGACUUAGUGGAUGACCGUCGUGAAGAGGAGAUGGAAACAACUCCUCCCCGCUGGACUUGGAACCGAAACUACCUCUCUCUUGAAAAGCCACCAGGCUUUGACAGCGGCUCUUCACAGCCAAUAGACCCGGCUAUCAAGCAACGUCUGCUAGAAGGGGAUAUGGAUGAAUCUCUUGCAACCCACUUUGCUUCAAUCCUCUCUCGGGAUCCUCUCAUCAUGACCGAGGCAGAUAUGAACAGAGACAACACUUCUAAUACAAAGCUCUUUGAGCUCCUUCACGGCUUCACAUGGCAUGCCGUCAAGUUCAAACCACCAACCACUGACAACGGGCCGGGAUGGUGCGUCGAGUUCCGCACUAUGGAGUCACAGCUUACAGAUAGGGCGAAUGCUGCCUUCGCGAUAUUCACAUACCUACUGACCCGAGCUAUCACCACACUACAUUUGAACUUCUACAUUCCGAUCGACAAAGUCGGUGAAUCGAUGGACAUUGCAAAGGAUCGGGAUGCCGUCCGCCAGUCCAAAAUGUGGUUCCGUCGACGUGGUUGGCUUUCUGGACCAACACACACCGUUCGGCCUGUACGUUCAAUGUGCAAGGAAAAUGUCUGCUCGAAGGGGAGCGAUGGGAAAUCUGGCGAUUUCGGUCUCAUGACUGCGAAUGAAAUCUUCAACGGAGAGUCGGAUGACAAUGGGUUCCCUGGCCUGAUUCCCAUCGUGCGAUACUAUUUGGACUACAGCAAGAUGCCUCUAGCGGAGCAAGAAAGGGUCGCCCCUUACCUUGAUUUCAUCAGCCAACGCGCAAGCGGCGAAGCUCCGACCCCAGCAACCUGGAUGAGGGAAUUUGUGCGCUCUCACAAAGAUUAUAAACACGACAGCUACGUGAGUGAGAGUAUCUGUUAUGAUAUGAUGCAGGAGAUUGUUGGUAUGAACGAAGAGUGA